AUGGUUCAGGCUGGCUGCAGAGUUGUUGGACUACCUAAUCAGCCCAAGGACCUUAAGGUUUCUGAAUUUCUGAAACAGAGGACAGCCGCCCUACUUCAAGCCAAGUAUACAGGGAUAUCGGAGGCCAAGGUAAUUGAUUACGAAGAAUUACUACGACUGGAGACAAGGUCAGACCUUUCUACUGAAGAGUAUUACGCAGUACAAAAAUUCAGGAUUAUGGACGCCUACGGCAUUGAGGACCCAUCUAUCCUUACGCCUGAAUGGGUGAAGACCUACAGUAACCCAAAAGAGAUGAAGGUCUUUCAGAAUCUGCAAGCCUUGAAGAACGACCCAGAGUUGAAGAUGACAAAGCAGAGCGACUCGUAUCCUCUCGGGAAAGAUCAAGAAAGGAGGGACACUGGCGCCAUACUACACAGACUACACCAAUCAAAGUAUACCAAACUAAAGUAG